GUCGGCUUGCCAUAUUUUUCAAGCACCUACAGCCUUCACAAACAGAAGAAGAAGUACCGGAAGUGACAUACACAUUUUGCCUUGUCAGAAACUAUGGCUGAUCACUGCCUACUUUGUCAACAUUGGAUGUGUAUUAGGCAAUAUCUUAAGUGUUUUGUAUCAUUUCGUUGAACCAGUCUUGUGAUUCGUUGCCGGACUGUAUCUCCUUUUAGACGUCCCUGGUUAUUGAUGUUUUAGGGCUGCAAUGAGUGAUGUGGUUGAAAAAACUCUCACUGCUCUCCCCGGUCUGCUGUCUUUGGACUCACAAACAGGAGCCGGGAAACUUUCAUCCACUUCAAAAUUAGGGAAUUUGAUCAGAAGUAUCACAGAACUUACAUCCAAACAUGAUGAAGAAAAACUCAUUAAACGUGAACUGGUGGCCAUUAAGGAGCAGGUGUCGUCACCCAACACGACUAUGCGGCAGAUGAAGGAGAUGAUGGUGAGGAGCAUCUACUGCGAGAUGCUGGGCUACGAGGCCGACUUCAGCUACAUCCAUGCCAUCAAGCUGGCGCAGCAGGGCGCAGGGCUGGAGAAGAGAGUAGGCUACCUGGCAGUGUCCCUGUUUCUCAAUGAAAACCAUGAGCUGCUGCUACUCCUAGUCAACACAGUAUUAAAGGAUCUUCAGAGCACAAACCUUAUUGAAGUGUGUAUGGCUUUAACCGUUGUCAGCCAAAUGUUCCCCAAAGACAUGAUUCCAGCUAUUCUGCCGCUGGUUGAGGAGAAGCUGACUCACCCAAAGGAGAUUAUCCGUCGUAAGGCAGUGCUGGCGCUACACAAGUUUUACCUGAUCGCCCCCAACCAGGUGCAGCACAUCCAUAGUAAGUUCCGGAAAGCCCUCUGUGACAAAGACCCAGGCGUCAUGGCUGCCUCUCUGCACAUCUACCUCCAGAUGAUCAAGGAGGGUGCGGAGGCGUACCGGGAGCUGGCGGGCAGCUUCGCGGCCAUCCUGAGGCAGGUGGUGGGGGGGAAGCUGCCGGUGGAGUUUAACUACCACAGCGUCCCCGCCCCCUGGCUGCAGAUCCAGCUGCUCCGGAUACUCACUCUGCUGGGCAAGGACGACCAGAGCACCAGUGAGCUGAUGUACGAUGUCCUGGACGAGUCUUUACGAAGAGCCGAGAUCAAUCACAACAUCACCUACGCUAUUCUGUUUGAGUGUGUGAAAGCCAUCUACACCAUCCACCCAAAUGCAGAGCUGAUGGAAAAAGCUGCAAAAUGCAUCGGAAACUUUGUUUUGUCGCCCAAGAUAAACCUCAAAUACCUGGGGCUGAAGGCCUUGACGUAUGUCGUCCAGCAGGAUGCCAAUCUCGCCCUACAGCACCAAAUGACCAUCAUAGAAUGUCUUGAUCAUUCUGAUCGCAUCAUCAAACGAGAGACGCUGGAGCUGCUGUUCCGCAUCACUAAUGCACAGAAUGUGACUGUGAUCGUGGAGAAGAUGCUGGCCUUCCUGCGGUUGUGCCAUGAGGACUACACCAUCAUGGACCUGGUGGGGAAAGUGGCCGAGCUGGCAGAGAAGUAUGCACCAGAUAACCGGUGGUUCGUAGAAACCAUGAGCACGGUGUUCUCGGUGGGCGGAGACCUGAUGCCGCCGGACAUCCCCACCAACUUCCUCCGACUCCUGUCAGAGGGCUCUGACAGCGAAGAAGAUGACCGACAGUUGAGGGUGUACGCUGUCGAGUCGUAUGUCUCCCUGCUGCAAACUGACCCCACCCACCUACCUCAGCGCUUUCUACAGGUUAUCAGCUGGGUGCGUAACACACACACAUUCACAGUAUUUGCCCAGAACUCCCUGUCUCUGGAGCCGUACGGUCUGUCCCUGCCCAUCAGCCUGUCCUCUUGCAGCAUAGCGGACCGCCAGUCUCCCACACUGCUCUCCAUCAGCUCUGGCCUCUCAGGAAACAGCACUGAGCUCUUGCACAGAGCUGGCUCGGGCUCCUUGAGGCUGGAUGGGGUGAAGAGGAAGUGGGGUAAAGAUGGCUACCUGGCCCAGAGGGAGGUUCCGGAGGAGCCCUCCACCCCUCAGGAGACCAGCACCCCUGCACCUCAGCCCUCCCCCCAGCAGGGCGGCGCUCUCACUCCGCCGAGUGCUGAACCCUCAGAGGAGGAGCGGGACAAACAGCAGCUGGCCUCCUCUCUUUUCAUUGGGCUCAGCUCCCAGAACUCCACAUGCUUGAUGGGGAAACCAGAGGCUUCCUCCUCCCAGCGCUUCAGGAGGAAACAAAAAAAUACUGACUCUGCCUCCUCGUCCUCAGGAUCCUCCCACUCCUCCCGUGGUGCCAAUCACUUCCUGUAUAGCAGCCUAUUGGAGGAAGGCCCUGUCUCUCCCAUCAUGCUUACGCAGAACUCUGUGGCUCAGCCCAAACAUAAAGAAGCCAAUAGUACGCUCUCAGAAGGGGACAUGCCUUUUCUCCCGGCAGCAAAUGGCCUAGCUGAGGGGCAUGACCCAGAAGCCCCGGCCUCUCUCAUGUUGGCCAAUGAGGCGCUGUCCUCUGCAGGGGGCGGAGCCAGAGACUCUCCUUCCCUGAUGGGAGGUAUGGAGCUGGUGCAGCCCUGCCCUCUGACCCCUGACCCCUCUCACCGCUCUCUGUCCUCCCACCUGCCCCCGGAGCUGCAGAACCUCCCCUGCUCUGACUGCGCCUCCCUGGCGUCGGACGGCUGCCUGGCCCUGUCCUGCUGCCGCGUCCACCGAGAGGACGCCCUGGUGCUGGUGCUGCUCAUGGCCAACACUGGUGGCGCCACCCUGCUGGACGUCUCCGUGGAGCUGCAGUGCCCUCAGCUCAAGGUGGCCAGCCUCAGAGGGAAUGCUUUAGAGUCCCUUCCGUCCCAGAGUGUGAGUGUGUGUUGGUACACUCUGCUGAUGGAGGAGCCUCACACACACGUGGAGGUAACCGGCUCGCUCUCGUACAGGAAGGAGUGUGGCGCCUCACACACACCGGACAUCAGCGCCUCACACACACUGGACAUCAGCACACGGCUCUCCCUGGCCCAUUUCCUCAGGCCCCUGGUUCUCUCCACAGAGGAGUAUGGGAAGCUGUGGCUGUCCGUCUCGCAGGACGUCAAGCAGAAUAUCCAGCUGCUGGACCCUGAUAGGGACCCUCUGCGCUCCUCCCUCACCGCCCUCCAGGACAAGCUACAGCUCCACAUAGUGGACAUCAUAGGGUCGGAGGGCAUCGCGGCGUGCCAGCUGCUUCGACGGGGUCCGUGCCUGCUGCACUGCCGUGUGCAUGCGGGCGUGCUGGCACUGUGGCUGCGUUCGCCGGUGCCCGGCCUGCCCGACGGCCUGCUCUACCACUGCCAGCGGGCUCUACAGGAGCGCUGACCGCAGAACCCUCUCCGGUUCUCCAGCACGCUCACCAGGAACAGCAGAGGGACGGCGGUACUGAUUAUGGAACUCUCCUGGACGCUAAACCAGCAGGUCUUAACUCAGUGGUGCUGGAGGCAGUGUGCUCCAGCCUUGUGCACCCUCAGGACUGACUCCAGGGUUGGGGGAAGGCUGGUUCAUGCAUUACCAUAUUUAUUGUUUUUAAUAACUCCAUGUUGCGUUUGUGUUGAGCUUGUGUGGAUGUCUAAACUGCAGCUGUAUGGAUGGACCCAGAGCUGCAGGCCUUCAACAGGCUCUUUUUAACAGUCACUUUUCUAAAAGUCACCCUAUCACCCCCCAGACUCCGCUUGUGUUACAGCAGUGCUGAGGCUGGUGGAAUUAACACUAUAGAGCAAACUUCAUUUGAAUGGCUGACGCAUCUCACCUUUCCCAAAAACAAUAGUCUGCAAUAACUGUUUUGAUCUAUGCAUUUGUUUUGUAAGAACUGAACCAGUGUUUGUUGUCAACACAUUUGUUGCUGAAAUUUAUUUUUGUAUUGAGCAGCUAACAUAUAAAAAUCCAUUGCCUUA